GCCUUUUAAUCCGAGUUCACGGUUUCAGAAGUCUAAAUCAUCUGGAUUUUUUAACAAUGGCUGGCCAUUUGAAAAGGUUUUACGACCUGACAGCUAAGCUGUUGUCUGGAGAAACUCUCCGUUUCUCUGCACUAAAGGACAAAGUUGUACUUAUUGAAAAUGUGGCGUCUCUCUGAGGAACGACAACCAGGGACUACACUCAAAUGAACGACCUUCAUUCUCGCUACUCCGCCGAAGGUCUCGUUAUUUUGGGUGUGCCCUGCAAUCAGUUUGGACAUCAGGAGAACUGCAAGAACGAUGAAAUCCUAAGAUCUCUGAAGUAUGUCCGUCCAGGGAAUGGCUUUGAACCAAAGUUCCAGCUCCUCGAGAAGGUGGAUGUGAAUGGAAAGGAUGCCCACCCCUUGUUUGUCUAUCUGAAGGAAAAACUUCCAUUCCCCUGCGAUGAUGCCCUGGGUCUCAUGAAUGAUCCAAAGUACAUCAUUUGGAGUCCAGUGUGUAGGAAUGACGUAUCCUGGAACUUUGAGAAGUUCCUGGUUGGUCCUGACGGGGAACCUUACAAGCGCUACAGCAGAAAUUUCCUGACAAGUGACAUCGAGGCAGAUAUUAAACAGCUUCUUAAGAGAAUCAAAUAAAAUGUGCUGGGAAAUGUUAUGGGUGAUUUAAAACAUAACAGUUCAGAAAGAUCAAUCAGCACAUACACAUAUUAGGAUAAUAUGCCAUGCUUUCAGAUCUCAAAUUCCAAAAAUGUUAUAGCAGGCCUGGGUUUGUUUGUGAUAUUUUAAAUGGAUUGUUCUACUGGAUUGUUCAGCCUUUUAAUUCAAUGACGACACUCCUUUAAAUGUUUUUGUGAGGAGGGGUUUCUGAUAAAAAUGUAAAAGUUUGACGACCAUUGUGAAUGUCUUUAAUAAGAUCGCAAAUAUUUUCACUUGCUUGACUUAAAAGGAGAAAUAAAUGUUAUUAUAAUA